CCCCUCCUCAUUCGCCAGCAUGACGCUCCCUUCGCGCUCACACAUUCUUUCCCUCCGCUCUCUGACUUUGUUUCGUCCCUAAAACAAACUUUUCAACCAUAUUGAUAAUCGUUCUAAAAUCACUGCUGUGACGGUAAGAAAUGACUGUUGCGACGACGGGAAUACGGAUUUGUGAGCACCGUUUCUGACAGCUGAGCUGAGUCCCCUCUCUGAUGAGACGAUGAGAACCCACACCCGCGGGGCCCCCACAGUCUUCUUCAUAAGUCUGCUGUGGCCUCUGCUCGCCCCAGUGGUGGCGGCAGCAACGGAAGUGGACCCCAGCGGAGGAAUCCCCUUCAUGGGAGGCAACUACGAUGGUCAUCCCAUGCUAUACUUCAGUCGGGGGGAUGUGGAGGAGAUGCAGUAUGCAGCCGCAGGGACUCAUCGGGACAUGGCGAGGAGGAUCCGCGAGGCUGGUGAAACCAUGCUGGAGCACCCCGAGGAGUACCUGCCACCCUGGAGCCCCGCAGAGUUCAGCGCUCGCUGGAACGAGGUGUACGGAAACAACCUGGGUGUGCUGUCCAUGUUCUGCCUGCUGUACCCACACAGGGCUGGGGCCCUCGACCUGGCCAAGGACUACAUGGAGAGGAUGGCGGCUCAGCCUAGUUGGUUGGUCAAAGAUGCCCCCUGGGAUGAAGUUCCUUUGGCGCACUCUUUGGUCGGGUUUGCCACUGCUUACGACUUCCUGUAUGAGUACUUGAACAAGGGGCAACAGGAGCGUUUCCUCCAGGUGAUUGGCAAUGCGUCACGCCUGAUGUACGAGAAGUCCUACGUCCGAGGCUGGGGGUUCCAGUACCUGCACAACCACCAGCCUACCAACUGUGUGGCUCUGCUCACAGGAAGCCUGGUUUACAUGACCCAAGGUUACCUCCAGGAGGCCUACCUGUGGACCAAGCAGGUCCUGUCCAUCAUGGAGAAGUCCAUGGUCCUUCUACAGGAUGUGACGGAUGGCUCCCUGUAUGAAGGGGUGGCCUACGGGACUUACACCACCCGCUCUCUGUUCCAGUACAUGUUUCUGGUGCAGCGCCACUUUGCCAUUGGCCACUUUGACCACCCCUGGCUCCUUAAACACUUUGCCUUCCUGUACAGAACUAUCCUGCCUGGAUUUCAGCGGACUGUAGCCAUUGCAGAUUCCAACUACAACUGGUUCUAUGGGCCAGAGAGCCAGCUGGUCUUCUUGGACCGCUAUGUGUUGCGUAAUGGCAGUGGAAACUGGCUGGCAGAUCUGAUUCAUCAAAACAGGGUGAUGGAAGGGCCAGGGCAGGCUGGAAAAGGCCAGCGAUGGUGUACUCUCCACACAGAGUUCAUCUGGUAUGACCCGGGCCUAAUUCCCAAGCCUCCAUCAGAUUUUGGAACAUCCCAACUCCACUACUUUGAGGACUGGGGUGUGGUGACAUACGGCAGUGCUUUACCUGCAGACACCAACUGCUCCUUUCUCUCUUUCAAGUCGGGGAAGCUUGGGGGACGCGCCAUCUUUGACAUCGUUCACAGGAACAAGUACAAAGAGUGGAUCAAAGGGUGGAGGAACUUUAAUGCUGGCCAUGAGCACCCUGAUCAGAACACUUUCACUUUUGCACCCAAUGGUGUCCCAUUCAUCACUGAGGCACUGUACGGACCCAAAUACACUUUGUUGAACAAUGUGGUGUUGUUUGGCUCAGCUAUGUCAGGGAGUUGCUUUAAGCCAUGGGCUGGACAGGUUACGGAAGCCUGCGAUUCCAAGUGGUUGAAGUACAAGGUGGGGCUGGCGGCUGAUGCCCAGGGCAGAGUAGAAGCUGCUAUGGAGAGACAGGGAAUGGUCUUCAUCCGUGGUGAUGGACAUUCUGCUUACAAUCCAGAGCUGAAGAUAAGGACCUUCCAGAGAAACCUGCUCCUUCUUCACCCGCAGCUCCUGCUCCUUGUGGACCACAUCCACCUGGAUCCAGACAGCCCAACAAGGGCCAUGAGUGCCUUCUUUCACAACACAGAACUUCCAUUCCAGAGUACAAAGGUAGAUGGUGUUCAUGGAGUGUUUGUCUCACAUGGUGAAGACAAGUAUAAGAUGUUCUGGAUGGAUGACACAGGCUACAGUAACAAAGGAGUGGUAGGUUACUGGAAUUACCCUCGAGGGUACCCAUAUAAUGGCUCUAACUUUGUGAAUGUCACAAUGCCAUUAAGGUAUCCUCACACCAGGGUGGCCUACAUUUUCUUUGGACCGGGCGUGGAUGUACAGAGCUUCAGCCUGCGUGGCGAUGAAGAGAGAGUGGAUAUUUACCUGGCCACCAAGGAUCACACCUACACCAUCUACCUGCUGACUGGGGAGGUCACCAGCAAGCCUCUGUUUGCCAUGGUGCUGCUGGACCACAAGAAGAUCAUAUUCGAGAAGGCGGCGGCUGCAGUGGACAGCUCGCCUGAGGAAGUAGAGGAAUAUGUCAACGUGAUGGAGGACAACCUCCAGCACGUCAAGCCCGUCUUCCAGCAGAUGGAGAGACACAUCUUAGGACGGGUUCUCAACACUGCCAGCUUCCGUAAGACUGCAGAGCGCCUCCUCCAGUUCUCCGACAAGAAGAAGACAGAGGAGGUCAUCGAGAAGAUGUUUUUUAUGUCUAAAAAACAGGGCAAGGGUAAAGGGGGGAAGAAAGUGAACCUUGGGGAGAAGCUUUCGGAGAGUCUACCUGACAUUUUUGCACAGAUUGAGGUGAAUGAAAAGAAGGAGAGACAGAGGACUUCAAAGCGAACAUAUGAGGACAGUCCAGAGGAGGGGGAUGCAGACUCUCGGGCCUUUAUAGAUUAUACAGACCGCAAAAACAGAAAGGGGGACUUUGUCAAGGGCCGCAAAUUCAAAGAGGUUCAUAUGGUGGCCACUGCAGGGAGUGAGGGUCUCUCCAGCACAGCCUCCUACAUAAGACUCUUUCUCCUCCUGAACACUGCCACCUUCUUUUUGCUGCUGGCUGUGUUACUGACUCGCUUUCAGAGGGGUCGAAGCUUACACACGCAGAGAUGUUUCUACACCAUCCUUCUGAUUGACUGCUUCAUCUUACUGUACCUCUACUCCUCCUGCUCUCACACACAGUGUUAAGAUCAUGAGCGUGUAAGGGGUUGUCCAAUUACAAAUCAAAUGACCUGUUGUUAAUGGUGAACUAAAUGCACCCCACUCCUCAGUCUGAGCCAGGUCUUACGACAGAAUAUUAGGGCCACCGAUAAAAAAAAAAACUACUGAUAUUUCGAGAAAAAAAGUUUCAAUUUUACAAAGAAAGUCAUAUUAUUUUGACAAAGUCAUAAUGUUACAAGAUGCUUAAAAUACUUAUUUAAAUACUUAUUUCUACUUAUAUCUUAGUCAUACGCAGACUUUUAUCGUAAAAUCAUGAUCUUAUUCUCGUAAUAUUAUGACUUUUAUUCUUGUAAUUUUAUGACUUUUUUACCCAAAUUACUACGAUAUACUAGUAAUAUUAUGAAAUUUAUUUCCUCAAUAUGAAUUUUAUUCUUGUAAUAUUAUGACUUUUAUUCUCUGAAUUUUAUGACUUUUUCUCAUACUUUUUCUAGAAAUUACAAUGUUGCAAGGAUAGUAAUCUAUAAAUUACAACUUUAUUCUCGUAAUAUGAUGACUUCUUUUUAGAAAUUACGACUGUAUUCUCAUCAUAUUAUGACCUCUAUUCUCAUAAUAUUAUGACUUCUAUUCUCAUAAUGUUAUGACUUUUUUAAUCCCAUAAUAUGACUUUUAUUAUCAUAAUGUUAUGACUUGUAUACUCAUAGUAUUAUGACUUGUAUUCGCAUAAUGUUAUGACUUUUAUUCUCGUACUGUUAUUAUUUUUCCCCCCAAAAUAUUAUAACUUUAUUCUUGAAAUCUCAGAUUUUUUUUUUCUAACAAUGGCCCUAAUACUCAUAAGAUCUACCUAAUGGGUGUUCAGGAAAACAACUGAUUCCAAAUAGGAAUUGAUGAAUUGCCACAAUGAAACCAGACCACCUCUGAUGCAAUAAGCUUCUGUGGAGCUUUAGAGCUGAGUCUGUGUGAAGUUUGUCCUAGUAGUGUUCAGAGGUCCUGUCUUAUAUCAAAGACCUCAAGGUUAGCCACUAUAAUACAGUUGCCUCAUCUGUACUUGAGAUUUGUCCUGUCUACAUAGUUCAUAGAAAUACAUUUAAAUGUAUAUAUGUGAAGCAAGAUAUAUUUUUAUGGUCUGUUUUUUACCAUUUGUAAAUAAAAUUACUACAUGCAUAGGUGAGCAUCCAUUGUGUGUUGUGUCAUGUGAAAGUGUGAACUCAAAAAUAAAGGAAAAUAUAUGUAUAUUACGGUGGCCAACAGAGCUCCACGCACUGCAACUUUAGCUAAAACAAACCAAUGAAGAAAAUAUCUUGAUGACUUUAACACAUGCAGUGCAUUUAGCAUGUAGUUGUAAUGAAAUUACAACUACAUGCUAAAUUCUACAUGCUGUAAUAUAGUUGUAAGUUGUUUAUUUAUGUUUGUCAACAACUAUAACUCCUUCUGUGGACAUAAUUGGACCAUAAGUGGAUGCUGCUGUAUAAACAGAUAAUGAAUGACAAUAUAGUAAAACACAGCUAUAAUAAUAUAAAAUAUGUCUUCAUAGGAGAAGUUAUAAUUGUUGAAACUGUACAUUAAUAAACACUUGUCACAAUGUCCUUAGAGCUGCAUACAACUACAUUAUAGUGUGUUAUAAAUUAUUUAUUAAAUGUUUGUAUACUGCUUAUAAAUGCUAAAUAGGUCUUAACAAGAAAAUGCAGAAUCACUGCAAGUCCAACUGAACAAUAAUUUUCCGCGGAGCAUCUGACAAAUACGUUGAUAUCUUGUUAAUAGACGUUUUGACAUGUCACAGUAGGAAAAGUACAGGUGUAAGUAAUAAAAUGAAUGAUGGCUGAAUUCCGUUUAGCUGCUUCAGUUUCAGGGUCCUGGUAUUGUGCAUGCUGCCUCACUGUCAUGCUGUGACAGCUUGAAUAGAAUGUUAUUAAUGAAACCUGUGCUUUUCCUACUCUGAGAAGUCAAAAUGUGUACUAUAAUAAAACACUAGCCUUUUCCCAAAUUACUGGCAUCUGUUUUAAUGCUGCAGCCAUGUGAUAUGGGAUGGGUGGUAGAGAUGGGAAAGAUUCCCAUGUUAACGAUGUGCAAGUGUUCACGUCAUGAGACAACUCAAAAUGGUUGGAUGACUGCAGAGCUGAUUAUGUGAGAGUUAAAAAUACUGCACAUUGACAAUAUAACACUAAUAAUAAUAUAAUACUCUAUUAUGAAGCAGCAAGUCAGAUACGGCGGAGCUUUCAGAAAAGUGUCCCAGUUGUGAUUACAACUUGGAUGUUGACACGAAUGCUAUGAUAACUUCGAUAUGGCAUGAACGCAGCAUUAGUGUCUCCUGGAAACUUCUGUUGUGUCGUAACUUAGUUCAGUUGUUUACAGCAUGCAAAUGACCUUUCUUAAUUUGCUUGUGUUUGUUUGUAUUUCCAGCAUAUUACUUUAUGCUAAAUAUGUAUUGUUACAUUGGUGGAUGUUUUUCAAAAUGUUCUUGUGCUUUACGUAUCUGCAGCAUUUAUUUCUAAAUGCGACAUAAUGUGUUGUAAAAGUGGAGAAGAUGUUUUGUUGUGUUUUCUUAAAGGAUACGGUCGACUUUCUUCUAUAUUUUUCUUUUUGUCAACAAAUCCCAUCAAAUAACCACACCAGCAAUGUGUUAGUCUGUCUUAAUACUUACCUAUAACCUGUCUGUGUCUCUCAGCCCCAAGCUCAUUCAUUCAUACUGAAGAUGUAUUUCUUUAAAAACUUGCAAAUAUAUAGUUUCAUUUUUUUUUAAAAAGGUCAGUAAUUUCAAUAGCACAGAAGAUUUAAUUUAAUUCAAUUUUAUUUAUAUAGCGCCAGUAUAGCACCAAUUAGACUGUCUAGACUGUACUCUUUAUUUACAGAGACCCAACAUUUCCCACCAUGGGCAAGCACCUGGCAACAGUGGCAAGGAAAAACUUCCCUUUAACAGGCAGAAAACUUGAACAGAACCUAGGCUCAAUGUGGGCAGCCAUCUGCCUCGACCAGUUGGGUUGAGGGGGGGGCAUACAGUAGCACAAUGCAAAUUUCACAUACAGAUUUAAAAUAAUAGUAAUGGUAAUGGUAAUAAUAUUAAUAAAAUAAUAGUAAUAAUAAUAAGAUAUAUAAGGCUUUGUAUACACACACAAUACCUAGUCCUUUCAUUGGAUUUGUUGACAAUGAGAAAAAUAUAGAAUAUCACUAGCCUUAUCCUUUUAAGUUGUAGUGCGCUGAGCUCUCUUGGCCACAAUAUAUGUAUAUAUGUAUAAUUUCUAAGCUAAUAUGGUUACAAAGCACAGCUCAGUAGUCAUUCACUAGUCAUACUGGCUUUGAAGUAUUGUUUUAUCAUCUAUAAACAUGCGCUUCAACUUGUUUUUGAUAAACACUUAAACAAUUUAUCGGUGGAAUCAAUGCUGCAUUAGAAAAAUGCGUUGUCCAAAUGUACAAAAUCUGUUUGCAGACAGAUUUUUUUUGAGUAAUUCACUAAGCCUGUAUAAGCAGUGAUGCAUUUCUGAACAGUGGAAGAUUUUAUUUAUUUAAUGACGAUACUGAUACACAUCUGUUUUAACUCUACAAGUCAACAUAGUCUAGACACUCAACUCGUCGCCCAAAAAGCCUCACAUGCAUCAACGUGCCUCAGAGCUGUAUUAUUUAAGUGUUGCUAAAUCCACAGGCUCCACGCAGUAAAUAACAUUGGAUAGAAACGAUAAACAGUAAUCAAAAACACUCCCAGGCAAAUAACCAAUCAGGGAUAAGUACUGUAUUUUAUCAUCAACUAAAUAAAUUCAUUUUCACAGCA